AGGGAGUGGGUUGGUUCCUGCAGGAGGUAGAUCCUGGUUUAUCUUGUACUUCUUUGGUUUGGAGAAAUGAAACUCAUCCUUGAAGGAAAGGGUCUGAAAGCCUGCUGCUGUUGGGAAUAUUGUUUGAUGCAGUGGCUGGUGGGUUGGCUUGGGGGCUUAUCAGCGGUGCCUCAACUGCAGAGAGUCGAUGAAGAGGCGGUGGUGGAUCAAGGUGGGACCAGUAAUGUCAUCAAUAUUCAUUAUGAGAAAGAAGAGCUGGAAGGGCACAGAACACUGUACGUUGGGGUACGGAUGCCUUUGGUGAGACAAAGCCACAGACAUCACAGGAAUCAUGGCCAAAAACAUAGGAAACGAGACCGGGCGAAGGGAACCAUUCAAGAAGAGCAGGAAUCUCAUGACACCCCGUCUCAGCGAGUUCAGUUUAUCCUUGGUAUGGAGGAGGAUGAGGAGCAUGUUCCCCAUGAUUUGUUCACAGAGCUGGAUGAAAUCUGUGUGAAAGAAGGGGAAGAUGCAGAAUGGAAGGAAACGGCCAGGUGGCUGAAGUUCGAAGAGGAUGUGGAGGAUGGAGGAGAACGCUGGAGCAAACCCUAUGUUGCGACACUUUCAUUACACAGUCUCUUUGAACUGAGGAGUUGCAUCAUGAACGGGACUGUCCUUCUGGAUAUGUGCGCCAACAGCAUCGAGGAAAUUGCAGAUAUAAUCCUGGAUCAGCAAGAACCAAGCAGUGACUUUGAUGAAAGCAUGAGAGAGAGACUCCGGAAUGCCCUCUUAAAAAAGCAUCAUCACCAGAACGAGAAGAAGAGGAACAACCUCCUUCCGAUUGUCCGAUCUUUCACUGACGUCAGCAAGAAGCAGUCGGAUCCACACUUAUUGGACAAAACGGCAAUGCACACGCUGUCUACUCAACCUGGCACUACCAAUCUAGAAGUUAAAAACGGAGUGACCCAGGACACUAGUCCUAUGGAUUUAAGUAAGGCGGAGCUUCAUUUCAUGAAGAAAAUUCCUACUGGAGCAGAAGCUUCCAAUGUUCUAGUCGGAGAGUUGGAUUUCCUCCUUCGUCCCAUGGUGGCGUUCGUGCGUCUGACGCCAGCCGUCCUUCUCUCAGGCAUGACGGAAGUCCCGAUCCCAACAAGGUUCUUAUUUUUCUUGUUGGGACCAGAAGGGAAAGCACAUCAGUACCAUGAGAUUGGCAGGUCAAUGGCUACCCUCAUGACAGAUGAGAUUUUCCAUGACGUUGCUUAUAAAGCCAAAGACCGUGCUGACCUUGUAGCUGGUAUUGAUGAAUUCCUGGAUCAGGUGACGGUAUUGCCUCCUGGAGAAUGGGAUCCAUCGAUUAGAAUUGAACCACCGAAAUAUGUACCUUCCCAGGACAAGAGGAAGCUGCCAUGUGUCCCUAAUGGCACUGCUUGCCAUACUGAGCCAGAACAGCACAGUGGACCCGAACUUGAACGAACAGGAAGGCUCUUUGGUGGUUUGAUCAUGGAUGUAAAACGAAAAGCUCCUUGGUUCUGGAGUGACUUCAGGGAUGCUCUGAGCUUGCAGUGCUUGGCGUCUUUCCUCUUCCUAUACUGUGCCUGCAUGUCCCCCGUGAUUACCUUUGGGGGGCUGCUUGGAGAAGCGACCGACGGACAAAUAAGUGCAAUAGAAUCCUUAUUUGGCGCCUCGAUGACUGGAGUUGUGUACUCUCUGUUUGCUGGACAACCCCUCACUAUCUUAGGAAGUACCGGACCGGUGUUGGUGUUUGAAAAGAUUUUGUUCAAGUUCUGCAAAGACUACGCACUCUCCUACCUUUCCCUGAGAACCAGUAUUGGAUUGUGGACUGCUUUCCUGUGCAUCGUCCUUGUGGCAACAGACUCCAGCUCCCUAGUACGCUACAUCACUCGCUUUACUGAAGAAGCGUUUGCUUCUCUGAUCUGUAUCAUUUUCAUCUACGAAGCUCUAGAGAAACUGAUUAAGCUAGGGGCAACCUACCCUGUCCACAUGCACAGUCAGCUCAACCACCUUACCUUCUACUACUGUAAAUGUGCUGCUCCUGAAAAUCCCAGCAAUCAAACCCUACAGUUCUGGAGCGACAGGAAGAUUGUCCCUUCUGCGAUUGAGUGGGCAAACCUCACUGUCAGUGAAUGUCGGAAAAUGCGUGGUGAAUUUACUGGACCUGCCUGUGGGCACCAUGGCCCCUAUACGCCAGAUGUCCUCUUCUGGUCGUGCAUUCUCUUCUUCGCCACCUUCAUCAUGUCUGGUGCACUGAAGAUGUUUAAAACCAGCCACUAUUUCCCAACAAGAGUACGAGCCAUGAUAAGUGACUUUGCUGUUUUCUUAACUAUCCUCACUAUGGUGACUUUUGAUUUCUUAAUUGGAGUCCCAUCACCAAAGCUACAAGUUCCCAGUGUCUUCAAGCCGACAAGAGAUGACCGUGGGUGGAUUAUUAGCCCGAUAGGACCCAAUCCCUGGUGGACGGUGUUAGCAGCUCUCAUCCCAGCUCUUCUCUGCACCAUCUUGAUAUUCAUGGACCAGCAAAUCACUGCUGUUAUCAUAAACAGAAAGGAGCAUAAACUCAAGAAAGGAUGUGGUUACCACUUGGACCUUCUGAUGGUUGCAAUAAUGCUUGGUGUGUGCUCCGUGAUGGGGCUGCCCUGGUUUGUUGCUGCAACUGUUCUAUCCAUCACCCAUGUGAACAGCCUUAAACUAGAGUCUGGCUCCUCAGCUCCAGGAGAACAACCGAAAUUUCUCGGGAUACGAGAGCAAAGAGUCACUGGCCUCAUGAUCUUUGUGCUUAUGGGCUGUUCCGUCUUCAUGACUGCUGUGUUAAAGUUUAUCCCGAUGCCUGUGCUUUAUGGUGUGUUCCUUUACAUGGGCGUUUCUUCACUCGGAGGAAUUCAGUUCUUUGAUCGCCUGAAGCUGUUCGGAAUGCCAGCAAAACACCAGCCCGACUUUAUCUACUUACGGCACGUCCCCUUGCGAAAAGUACAUCUCUUCACCGUGAUCCAGCUGACGUGCCUUGUUUUACUCUGGGCCAUUAAAGCUUCUCCUGCUGCCAUCGUCUUUCCCAUGAUGGUCUUGGCUCUGGUCUUUGUCCGCCAAGUCAUGGAUUUCUGUUUCUCGAAGCGGGAGCUCAGCUGGCUCGAUGACCUUAUGCCAGAAAGCAAGAAGAAAAAACUGGAUGAUGCCAAAAAUAAAGCCAAGGAAGAAGAGGAGUCUCAGAAAAUGAUGGAAGCUGCUGAAGCAAAUGUAAUGCAGUUACCAUUGGGGAAAACGAAAUAUAUGACUGUUCCAGCACGAAAUAACAAUACCAGGCAGAAUCAAGUGGCUGACAUGUCCUGAAAUGAAAGUGACGUGAGGUUUAUCACCCCUUCCUCAUGGGAAAACCCAUUGAAGCCAAGACCUGGUGGUGGAUGGGAAAACAAGGUACUUUUAAAUUUUGUGAGGAAGUGCAGCUUGUGGGUAGGGCACUGAACUGGGAUGUGGGAGGCCUGAAUUCUAUGCCUGGCUCUGCCAUUGGCCUGCUGGUUGACGUUGGGCCAACUGAUUCCAUUCCCCAUCUGGGAAAUGGUGAUUAUCUCCUUUUGUCAAGUGCUGUGAGAUUUGCAGAUGGAAAGCGUGAUGUAAUAUUAUUGUGGAUCCUACCUACUACUUCCCUGGGCCCUGUCAGCCUAGAUGUUAUGAACAGCACUUGCAGCAUCAUCAGCCAAACAUGCCUCCUGCACCCUGGUCCUCUGCUUUAAAGGAUGUUGCAGUCACUUCACCUCUUGGAUACUGUUCUGUUGCUUUUAAUCUUACUGGAAACUCAUUGUAUGGGAGUAAAAACUCCAGACUCUGCUUCUUCAGAGUGUUACCCACAUUCCUUUGUGCUCGUUUUAAGAGGCAGUUUCAAACACUGUCAAGACCAGCCCUCUCUCUGGUGCACCCAGACUGGGACUAUCAGACAAAUGCAGUCUGAAGAAGCAAUCCAUUUUUCCUUUGUGUUGAGGACUCCCAAGUUAACUAAAUGGGCAAUGAAGCUGUGAGCAAACAGUGUGCAGGACCACGUUUUUGCUUUCUUGACCUCACAUUUUGCACAGAAGCUUUCUCAAUGAACAGCUGGCUGCAAUCCUGGCAUAUUGACACCGGCCCAUUUAGAAUGAUGUCCAGAAGGGUGUUUAUCACCACAAAUGGUUUAGGAGCCUGCAACUCCCAGUGCCCACAGUAGAUGCUCAGCACUUGUAUGGGUUGGUUGCCAAGGUCAAUAAUCCAGCAAGGCAUUAAGCCCAUGCUUCACUUUAACCACAUGGGCAAUCUUGUUGACUUCAGACGCUCACCUGCUUAAAAAUAAGCACAUGCUUAAGUGCUUUGCUUGAACGGAGCUGAUAGCGAUCACGGCCAUCAACACCUAUAAUAUUUG